UUAAAUCUGUGCGACUGUUCCUUACUCCGGAACGAACGAAAACACACAGAGAUAAUUUUCUACGAAAAAAGAGCAAAAUGCCCAAAGUGAAGAGGAGUAGAAAGCCCCCUCCGGAUGGCUGGGAACUCAUCGAGCCAACUUUAGAUGAGCUGGAUCAGAAAAUGAGAGAAGCUGAAACAGAGCCUCACGAGGGAAAGCGAAAGGUGGAGUCCCUUUGGCCAAUUUUCAGGCUCCAUCAUCAGCGAAGUCGGUACAUCUACGACCUGUUCUACAAGCGGAAAGCCAUCAGCAGAGAGCUGUACGAGUACUGCAUAAAGGAGGGCUAUGCCGACAAGAACCUGAUUGCCAAGUGGAAGAAGCAGGGCUAUGAAAACUUGUGCUGCCUUCGCUGCAUCCAAACACGAGACACCAACUUUGGGACCAACUGCAUCUGCAGAGUUCCAAAGAGCAAACUGGAAGUCGGCCGAAUCAUUGAAUGCACCCACUGUGGAUGCAGAGGAUGCUCUGGCUGAGUCUUGUCUUUUGGACUCCUUUGCUAGUGUGUUCUUUUUUUUUUAUUCCUUUAGUCGUUGGACGCCAUGGUUCACCCAGCCUUCAUUAAUCCAGUCAUCGGUUUGUUGACAUCCUCGCCGUCAUCCUCAACUGCCCUUAUAAGGGAUCAAUAAAAUUACUUUUCUAUUUUGUAGCACAGCAGAGCAUCAGUGAAAGGGGCCAUAUUGCCUUGACUCAGUUGGGUUUUUGUUGUCUGUGUUUGCGUUCUUACCCAGCUGUGAGCCUUCAUCUCCCAAAGGUCACACAUGGGAUGUUAAGAUGAGGUUUUUCUCUGUGGGGCCUGCCAUUCCAGUUAGUCUUACUCGCUGUGAAGAUCAUUGCUGAUGUGCUUUUAUUUCAUUUACCGAGGGCUGGAAGGAAGUGAUUUUUACAUUUAAAAUCGCAAAACAUUUUUCUGUAUCGUCGUCGUAGUCUGAUUUUAAAUAAAACAUUUCACAUUC